AUGCUAUUGAUAAGAUAUUUGGCACUUAGUUUGCUAAGCUUGUUCACUGCAGUUGCGGCAGAGGGUGGUUUACAUAUCUAUUCCAGAGAUGAGUGUGCAUACCUAGCUUGUUCAACGCUUAUUGGCAAGCAAGCUCUCUACUUUUCUGAAGAAGAAGAGGAUUUUGGAUACUGUGACAAUAAUCGUCAACAAGCAUUUGGUACAAUGGCUUACUGUUUGAUGACAAGUCCUCGAAGCGGGGCAUUGGAUUAUUUCAUCAACUACUGUCACGAUUACGGAUUCGAUUUGACUCAUUCUGACCUCAUCAAAUCAGCUAAGAACGCUUCGGUUUACGCCACGAACACUAUCACUGAUCCUGAUUUCAGCGAAACCGCUUUAUACUACAAGCCUGCUCUUUUGAAGCCAAAGAAGAUCGCAUCUGCUUACUAUUCAGCUUGGGGAAGAUUUGGAAAUUACAACUAUGGAACAUGGUUCGGAGUAGCAUUGAUCGGAUACUGGUUUUUUGUGUUCCUCAUUGCCGGUCUUUGCAACUUGACCUAUUUUUUGUUCCCAUCUUUUGUCAAGUCCCUUAACGGUCGCAUCUCCAAGACAUUCAGGGCCUACAUUUCCCUUCCAUCUUUUGGACGUAAGACUCACGCCCAUCACAAAUCGUUCUUGUAUGCAUUUGAGUGGUUGGUUCCCACUCGUCUCGAGUCUAUCUUGGUUAUUGCUUACUGGAUCAUGUUGCUUUGUUUCAAUGUUACCGUCUACUCUCAUCAAAGUCCCAACUUGUAUUGGCCAAAAUCCAAGCUGGCAGAAAUGGGUCGCAAGAUUGCAGACAGAACUGGGUUCAUGAGUAUGUAUAUGAUGCCUCUCUUGGUAUUAUUUGCCGGACGGAACAAUUUUUUGCAAUGGUUGACCGGAUGGUCUUACUCAAGAUUCAUGAUUUUCCACAGAUGGAUUGCCAGAAGUGUCACCUUGUUGGUGUUGCUCCAUGCUGUUGGAAUGACAUACAAUGCCAAAGGUAUUGGAAAGGGAAAGUAUGAGACGAGAAAUGCCCAGCCAUAUGUCAGAUGGGGUUACGUGAGUUUCGUGGCUAUGUGUCUUAUGUGCUUCCACUCGCUUUUGUGGUUCCGUAGACACCAUUACGAACUCUUUGUUCUUUCCCAUAUUCUCUUGGCUGUAUUCUUCAUUGUUGGCGGGUGGAUUCAUGUUGCUGACGACCAACUUGAACAAUUCUUUAUUGCGUGCACUGCCAUCUGGGUAUUUGAUAGAGUGGUGAGAAUUGGUCGCUUGUUGAGUUUUGGUGUCCAAGAAGCCACCUUACAGUUGAGAGCCAACGAAACCAUCAAGGUCACCAUUCAUCGUCCGGCUUACUGGAAACCUUUCCCUGGAUGCUAUGCCUUUAUUCAUAUUUUGAGACCUACCCACUUUUGGCAAGCCCACCCAUUUACCAUUGUUGAAUCUGCCAUCGAAAACAAUACCAUCACCUUUUACUUGAAGGUUAAGGGAGGCAUUACACAUGGCUUGUACCGUUUCUUAUCCAACCAACCAAAUCAAACUGCUAAAGUUAAGGCUCUCGUUGAAGGUCCCUAUGGCCAGCGCAGUGCAGUUGACAGAUUUGAUAACACUGUGUUUUUAGCUGGAGGUAAUGGUGUUCCAGGGUUGUAUUACGAGGCAAUGGACAUUGCCAAGCGUGAAAAUAAUGCUCACAGGGUGAGAUUUUACUGGGUUAUCCGUCACUACCGUUCUAUUGAAUGGUUCUAUGAAGAACUCUUGAAGAUGAAAAAUGUCAACAUUGAGCCUGUGAUCUAUGUCACGCAGCCUGAUGUGGGACUCAUCGAUCCGUUCUUCAGAGACUCGGAAUCUGUUUCGGAGGAAGAACUCGAAAAGAGAGAGGAGAACAAGGAAGAUGUCCUUGAAAUAGAAUCGCAAGAUUACGUCCAGGGCUUGAAGGACAAACUUUCCUUUAUAGAAUUCAGAGAAGGUCGUCCGGAAUUGGAAGCCUUGAUCGACCAGGAGAUCAAAGAUGCCGACGCUCCUAUUGCUUUCGUGACUUGUGCUCAUACCUCCAUGGUAGACGACACCAGAAAGUAUAUUUCACAACAAGUUCCCGGGUCCAAGCAUCGUAUAGAACUCUUUGAACAGAUUCAAGGAUGGUAA